CUAGUCUCUAUCAUGUACAACCAGGGGGUACAGAGAACCAUAUAAAUACAGGUCUCUGUCCGUCUUAAAAUUUAGAAUUAGUUUCACAUUCGCAUAGAGCUAGUCUAUGUCCGAAUUGCUAAGAUUAACUUUUUCUCGGGCAGCUACUUAACGUGCUGUCCUCAAAUUCUUAUACACUUGUUUUUAUUGUAACAAAUUAUAACUUUAAUUUUAAUAAACUCUUGUAUUAACAUUGUGUCUUUGUCUCACUUUUAAAAACCGUAAUCUUUUCCCAACAACUUGAUCCAACUGCAGAUGUCAAGCACUCAUUUAUAAACGAUAGUGAGAGAUCACUACACGUUUUUGGUGUCAGGUGUGGGGUCACCUGAAAGAAGAAUUUUGGUAUCCAACCCAAAAUCAAGUACAUCAGCGGACCUCGAGUGUGUCAACAUCAGGAUCAACGGAAGGAGAUCACGGAUAAGUUGCGACAAGUCAACAAAUCGAGCCUAGCAGCGAAGCGAGCCGCAGCGCAGUUUUCAAAGCAGGACAACCACAGGGCCAGACAAACAAUGAACACUUUGUAAGUUGCCGUUAAGCAAAUAAAUUCUUUAGUAUAUGUCUGAGAGUCCUAAUCGGUGUUGGGAAAUAAUUAAAUACAACCCACAAACUUUACGAACAACCAUCAUGAGUGUAACUUUAGGAAUUGAAUCUGCAAUACGCAUGAUUCCGACCUUUACGGGGGGAUCUGAGACAGAUUUAGCGUCAUAUAUACUUGAAUGUAAUUAUAUAAUGGAAAACGUCCACGAAACUCUUAAACCUAUGAUUUUCAAACGAAUGUUAACAAGUUUAAAGGGGGAAGCUUUUCAAGCAGUACGCUAUCGCAGUAUUCCGGAUUGGCCCGCACUCGAAGCCCACCUUCGGAAAGUAUUCGGGGCAACGCACUCAAUCGGUUUUUUACAAACAAAUCUAUACAAUAUUAAACAAAAAUACGACGAAGAUAUUAAAAGCUUCGCCGCACGCACCGAAAAAUGUUACCACGAUUUGGUAAGCGCACUAACGGUAGGGCUAAAUAAAAAUGACGCCGCCGCAGUCGCGAACACGCAUAAAUCGGGAGCGCGCAAUGCAUUUAUUAACGGGGCACAACCCGCAAUUCGAAGUCUGUUACGAGCGCGAAACGUUCUUACUCUCGAAGAAGCUAUUACGCUUGCUGUCGAAGAAGAGGAGGACAUAAGAAAUUUAAAUAGACGCUUUAACACGAAUAAAAAUAACGGGAAAAAUAACGCGAAUAAAAAAAAUAUUAAAUGUAAUAAAUGUAAUAAAAUGGGGCACUAUGCAAACGAGUGUCGUAGUAACGCGAGCACAUCGGGCAGCACAGGUUUUAGAAAUCCCAUAAGUAAUCGCGACGAAAAACCCGUUGUAGUAAAAAAAGAAUAUCAAGGACAGGUUAGGUUCUGCACAUACUGUAAAAAAAAAACCACACUGUUAAGGAUUGUAGAAAACGUAGGUAUAACGAAGAAAAAAAUAAUAGCACUAGUAGCAACGAGAAUGAAAACGAAAAUUCCACUACUAGUCAAUUGAAUCGAACCGUCAGUGAAAUAAAACGAAAUCACGUAAGAGUAGUUACUAAUUUCGAGGAGGAACACAUAAUCUGUAGUUCACAUAAUUUCGAUCCACAGUAUAUUAAAUUAUUAAUCGAUUCAGGUGCAGAAAUGAAUCUCAUUAAACUCUCCGCAUUAAACGGACAGGUAGUUAUCAAUGAAUACGAAAAACGAACUAUCAAAGGUAUCAAUGAAACACCUAUUUUUACGAUCGGGACUAUAGUGACGACUAUGCAAAUUAGCGAAGUAGGCGUCCUUGUAAAAUUCGACGUCGUGUUCGACGAUUUUCCAAUAAACGAAUCAGGUAUAAUCGGGCGAAAUUUCUUAAAACAAAACAAAGUCAUUAUGGACUAUAAUAAAAAUACGUUAACCAUACCCGAACAAACCGGUUUAAAAGAUAUUAUAUUACCACCGCGAAGUAACUGUGUACUUCUAAUUAAAAACGACGAAAAUAUUAAACAUGACGCGAUAACUAUAAAAAAACAAGACGUCAACGAAAACGUUAUUAUAGCAAAUAGCAUCAGUCCGGUUAGCACUAAUA